CCGAUGAUAUUCCACAACUACCCAACUACUUCCUUUUUAUUCACCUUUGCAUACCCUUCUUAUCCCAAUUUCAUCAUCACGCCCUCUCCCCGCCGGCCCGUUUCCCUCAUCUUCCCCGCAGCCCCACCGCCCCAACACACACACACACACACACACACACAAACUCCGUCAAAAGGCCUCAGCUCUCGCUCUUCAUCUACCGUUCUUCGUCUCCAGAAGGCGUAAACCCUGUUCCUCUCAAAUUGAACUGUUCUUAAUCAGCCCCCGCAUAUUCACCCAAAUUUACAUCUUGAUCCGCCAAAAUGAUGAUGCUAGUCAACUGCUCGAAUUGUCGAACCCGAUUACAGAUGCCGCCGGGAGCUCAAUCCAUCCGCUGUGCAAUUUGCCACGCAAUCACCCAAAUCGGCGAUCCACGAGCCGUCCCUCCGCCUCCACAUGGAUCGUCCGCCCACUCUGUAGCCCCUUACAACCACGUUCCACCACCUGCGCCGUCCCCUUACAAUCACGCGCCACCCGGCCCACCCCCCAACGCCCACGGCUGCAAAAAAGCCGUGAUCGUCGGUAUAUCCUAUCGGUACUCCCGACACGAGCUUAAAGGAUGCAUUAAUGAUGCCAAGUGCAUGCGUUACAUGUUGGUUAAUAAAUUUCACUUUCCUGAAUCCUCCAUCAUCAUGCUCACUGAAGAAGAAACUGAUCCCUAUAAAAUUCCUACUAAAGCCAACAUGCGGAUGGCUUUUUAUUGGCUUGUACAAGGAUGUCAACCUGGAGAUUCCUUGGUCUUUCACUAUUCUGGUCAUGGCUCACGACAAAGGAACUAUAAUGGUGAUGAAGUUGAUGGAUAUGAUGAAACAUUGUGUCCGCUGGACUUUGAGACACAGGGUAUGAUUGUGGAUGAUGAAAUCAAUGCAACGAUUGUGAGACCUCUUCCUCAGGGUGUUAGGCUUCACGCGAUAAUCGAUGCUUGUCACAGUGGAACUGUCCUAGACUUGCCGUUUCUUUGCAGAAUGAACAGGAGUGGGCAGUAUGGGUGGGAGGACCAUCGUCCUAGAUCAGGUGUUUAUAAAGGAUCAAAUGGUGGUGAAGUCAUUUCCUUUAGCGGUUGUGAUGAUGAUCAAACUUCAGCUGACACAUCAGCUCUCUCAAAGAUCACGUCAACUGGUGCCAUGACAUAUUGUUUCAUUCAAGCUAUUGAGCGGGGACAUGCGGCAACUUAUGGAAGUAUGUUAAAUGCGAUGCGAACAGCCAUUAGAGAGGCUGGAAGUUCAGGAAAUGGUCUUGGUGGUGGUGCUGUCACAUCUGUCCUCACAAUGCUUCUAACAGGCGGUAGCCUCAGUGGUGGAUUCCAACAGGAGCCGCAAUUAACUGCCUGCCGGAUGUUUGAUGUGUAUUCAACACCAUUUUACUUGUGACCUUUUUUAAGUGGAGAUUGCGGCGGAGGUCUCUUCAGGUUGUUAUAUAUAGACACAAGUGUUUGCUCGGAAUAUUCUUUCUUUUUUCCUCAAUAUCUUUCCUUGUCUAUCCAUAGAUUUGGAGAUGCUGUAAAUAUACAUCAGGGAUAUGUUUGGAAACUGUAACGUAGCUAGUUUCAGUGGGCAGUGGAUAUGCAAAACAACAGUAGAGUGAUUCCUUUUUAUUCACACUGUGGGUUCAUUAAGGUUUGUGAUUUGUUACA